AGUGAAAGUGAAAGACAGUUUGCUCUCUAGUCAAGAAGAAAUCCUUAAUUUUACAUACAUUUCUGAAAUUAUCUACAGGAUAUUCACUGAAUCUGAAAGUAUUAUAACUGCAGUGAAUUCUGACUCCCUGAAAAGAGGUUAAAAACACAGGAGGAAGUAAAUGGCUGAAUCUUCAUCACAAACAAAGGGCAGAAAAACGAGGAGCAAGGAAGAACCAGAAUUAUUUUCUCAUGACUCCAGCAGUCUCCUGUCUGAAGAGCAGCUGCUGUGUUCGAUCUGUCUGGAUGUGUUCACUGAUCCAGUCACCACUCCAUGUGGACACAACUUCUGUAACAGCUGCCUUACACAGUGCUGGGACAAGAGUCAACACUGUCACUGUCCAUUAUGUAAAGAGAAAUUCACCAAGAGACCUGAACUGAAGAUUAAUACAACACUGAGAGAGGUUGCAGAUCACUUCAAGAAGAAAAGAGAUUCUGACAAACAUGAGGUUCUUUGUGAUGCCUGCAGUGGAGAGAAGCAGAAGGCCCUGAAAUCCUGUCUGGAUUGUUGUGCUAGUUUGUGUAAAACCCAUUUAGAGUUUCAUAAUAAUAUGCCCAAAUUUAAGAAACACAAGCUUAUAAACCCUGUGGAGAACCUGGAGGACUACAUAUGCCAGAAACAUGAGAGAUCUCUGGAGCUGUUCUGUAGAGAUGAUCAGACGUGUGUGUGUCAGUUCUGCACUGAGACAGACCACAAGAAUCACAACACUGUUCCUAUAGAGGAGGAGAGCAGAGAGAGGAAGACUCAGCUGGUGGAAACACAGACAGAUGUGCAGCAGAUGAUUCAGGACCGACUGAAGAAGAUAAAAGAGAUCAAACACUCAGCAGAGCAAAGCAAAAGAAGCACAGAGAAAGAGAAAGCAGACAGUGUUGAAGUUUUCACUGCUCUGAUUCGCUCCAUUGAGAGAAGUCAGGCUGAGCUGCUGGAGGUGAUGGAGGAGAAGCAGAAAGCAGCAGAGACGCAGGCUGAAGGACUCAUUAAAGAGCUGGAGCAGGAAAUCAGUGUGUUAAAGAGGAGAGACACUGAGCUGGAGCAGCUCUCACACACUGAGGAGCAUCUCCACCUCCUACAGAUUUACUCCUCCAUGUGCAGCCCUCCACACACCAAGAACUGGACUGAGAUCAGUAUUAACACUGAUGUGAGUGGGGACACUGUGAGGACAGCUCUGUCUCAGCUUCAGCAGACUCUGAAUGAGAAACUCACUAAAACGCUCAAUAACAAGUUAAAUGAAACAGUUUCCACAGAACUGAAGAGGAUUCAGCAGUAUGCAGUGGAUGUGACUCUGGAUCCUGAUACAGCUCAACCCAAACUCAUCCUGUCUGCUGAUGGAAAACAAGUGACACCUGGAGACACACAACAGAAUCUCCCUGAUACACCACAGAGGUUUAAUCAGUGUGUCUGUGUUCUGGGAAAGGAGAGUUUCUCCUCAGGGAGAUUUUAUUAUGAGGUGCAGGUCAGAGGUCAAACUGAAUGGGAUGUUGGAGUGGCCAAAGAGAACAUUAACAGGAAGGGGAAGAUUAUACUGACUCCUCAGAAUGGAUUCUGGACUGUGGUACUGAGGAAUGAGAAUCAGUAUCAGGCUUGUGCUGAUCCCACUGUUCCCCUCACACUGAGAGAGAAGCUGGAGGUUGUGGGGGUGUUUGUGGAUUAUGAGGAGGGUCUGGUCUCCUUUUAUGAUGUGAAGUCCAGAUCUCAUAUCUACUCUUUCACUGGUCAGUCUUUCACUGAGAAACUCUAUCCAUACUUCAGUCCUGGUUUAAAUGUAGGAGGUAAAAAUUCAGCACCACUGAUCAUCUCUCCUGUAUUUAAAACUGAAUAAAUUUAAACCUCUCAAAUUUGAUCAUCAGAUGGUAAGAGUAAAAAGAAUUUGUUUACUUUUAUAGUUAAAUUUUAGAAAUACAUUUUCUUUUAAAAUGCUGUACAUAUUAUUUUACUACCUGGCUUUAAUUGUAAUCCUACAGUCUGUUUUUUGAUGAUUAUGUGACAUUAUGAUUGUGGAACUUUGUCAUUACAAAUCACAUAUUAAUAACCUGAUUAUCCAGCAAUCAGGAUAUUUUGUGUUUGUUUUUUGUUUAUGGGAAUGUAUUUUAUUUUGCUGUAUUAGUGCGUUUUUUUGUUACAUUAUAAAUAGUUGGAGUAAUUCAUAGUUUAUUUAUAAGAUGAAAAAACCCAGGUGUAAUUCAUUUGUUGUUAUCCCAUGAUGCUCUGAGUGUACUAGGUGAGAGAGAGAGAGAGAGAGAGAGAAGGACUGAACAUGUGAUGCCGAUGGCCGCAGAAAGCGAGUUAAAACCAGUGAUUAGAGACGUGUUUCAACAAGCUUUGAAAACUGUUCCUUGCUCCAGUGGACCGCAGAGGAGUUCGUGUACAACCUGCACUGCGAGAGAGUGAUUUGAACUGUGUUUCCAAGGAUGGAGCUGACAGAGUCAAGCUAAGAUAAGCUAAAGUUAGCACUUGCAAGUCUUCCUGUUGCUGACGAAGAUUCAGCAAUCACCUGCGUUGACGACAACAGCCAGGGACGUGGGAUUCUGUGUGCACAUCUUCAUUGCUCCUUAAACCGUGAGGAUGAGAGAUUUCUUCAUACUGCUAGGAUUAUCGAAUCCAGUGUAUUUUCCUAAGGAUAUGAGCUCCAACAUGCACCAUCAAUCUUAAUUGCAAGCUCACAUCUAAAACACUGAGUGCACUCUGACUUGAGGUUAAAACUUUAAUCUAAAACAUUAUUUUAUAUCUACUGGGUAAUCCUAUGUUAAUUUUUUUUAUUUAUUUAAUUCAAAAAGCCUAAAAUGCAUUUGUGUGUGUAUCAUUUCUCCAUGGUAAAACAAUGCAUUAGAUAAAUAAUUAGAAGUUAACUGGUAACUUAGGGAACAUAUUUUGAGUUAUUUGAUUGUUAUGCUUAAGCUUCUAAAUCAAUGUUUUAAAGGUGAGAGUCAUACUUAACCCUAGACAUAAUUUAUAUACAUUAGAAUGUCUCUUUUGCCGUAGUGUUAACUGGAAAUUGAAGGCGGUUCUGUAUGCAAUAGUAACUCCCUUAUUAUACCGAGCCUGGUGGUGAAAGAGUUACACAUAUAAAUAAAUAUCAUUUAAAGUUUACUCUGAAUUUUACUGCAGAAUUUAAUUUGAUCAAUAAAAUGUAUAAAGUUCAGCUGCUGAUGUCUGUGUAGAUAAAAACAAACAAAACUCUGUUUCUCUUUAAAACUUCAUCAAACACAAACACAAUCAGAUUCAUAUUUUAUUUAGAAAUAAAAAUCUCAGGUUAAAAUCUCUUUAUCAGCAUUAAUAAGCAAAUUUCUAAAAGGAUGGACAGCAGAGGGAGCUUCAUUAAUAUUCAUAGUGUAAGUGCUACCUGAUUGGUCAGUGAAAAUUUUCAUAUGUAUGUAACUGUGUUUUUAAACUCUUUAUUAAUCUGUAUGAUUAUAAAUCUCUCAGCCUUCUUUGUCCAGCAAAACAACAACAUUCCCCUCUGAUAAACAAAGUGUUUUAUACUCAUCACUUUUCCACAUACAUGGUGUAACAAAUCAUUCUUUCAGAAUCAUUGAUUAUUUCCACACAAUGUUUUACUAACAUCUAGAAUCUUUCAUUUCUACAAGUGAAGCUAAAUUCAAUCAAAUCAUAAAGCUGAACAGUGAAGGUAUAGCUGCACUGAUCCAAUAAA